AAACGGACAUGCUUUGGUAGAAAACGGCCCUCACAGCAGGAGGGAUGGAGCCUCGGAGGACGAGAGGAUGGAGGGCAGCUGCAGGAACUCCAGCUGGGUUCUGGACUGUCAGGAUUCAGGGGAGAACAACUCCACGGACCCCCACGAGGCCCUCACAGAAACCUCCACUCUGACCUUUGUGGACGUGCAUGAGUCCGCAGAGAGCCACAGUCUCCACGGGUUGGUCUACCUGAGGGAGUUUGUGCUGAUAGACGACGAUGAUGACGGAGACAUGUCUCUGAGGGAGAAGACGGUCACUGAUCUGACUGUGAUGGACGGCCGGGCAGCAGAUCUGGUUUGUGAACGACUGCUGUCCACCUCCAGCGGCUCGCUGUCCGAGAGCAGGGAGGAAGAGGAGGCUGAGGAAGAGCCUCAACAAGAGGAAGAGGAGGCUGCAGGGGCGAAGAAACGCUGCUGUUUCUGCACACUUUUAUGACCAAGAUUUUGACUUCUCCCUUUUGUAUUUCAAAAAUAGUUGAGUGUUCAGUAGACUAACGCUUUCAUCUACUCCCAACAUGUAGUUAUUCUCAAUAAUAACUUUUCCUUUAUCUUAAAAUGUUGUUUUUUCUUAACAUUUCCACUUUUUGUCCAACAUUGCAACUUUAUUUUUCAACAACUAACCUUGUAGUGCUUUUAUGACGGAGAAGACACUCUUUCAUACUGGGUUUUUUAUUUGUUGCUGGUGAUAGCAGGGAAGAUGUAUAGGUUUGGUGACAUAAGGUAAAACAUCUGGAAAUCAGGGGGAAAAACACAAGGAGGUCAUGCUGGGCCCUUAUUCUCUUCCAAUGUAAGAUUUUUUUUUUUUAGUUAUAUGUUAAUCAAAUGUUCUGGCACUGAUUGAACAGAGCAAUUACCAGACAUCAAAAACACUCUGCCAUCAGAAACCUACACUACAAAAAGUGAUUUUUUUUCUAAGACACCUUAUUUAGAUAAUCAUGACAUGUAUGUAUGCUGGGAAGAGUUAUACUUUUAGUUUGCCGAACAUUGAAAGAAUUUGAUCAAGUGAGAUAAAAUUAUAAUUUUCAAGUUUAACAAAUGUAUAUUAUACAUUUUUG